ACUAGCAGGCUUCCGUAGUUGCAGCGGAGGCAUAUCUAAACAGCAGGAGGAAAAUUCGAACGAGAGGUGACCACAAUUGAAAACGUCCGGAACGGGGAAGCAGCCAUUUAUUUCGGUGCGUGACGAGGUGCAGGAUGGAGGAACAGAAGGAGGUCCUUAACAGGCUGCAGAGGUCCUUUCACUCGGGGGUCCCCCUCCCGGAGCAGUUUCGCCUGGCACAGCUGGAUGCGCUCCUGAAGCUCAUGACAGAGAACGAGGAUCAGAUCCUGGCCGCGCUGCACCAGGACCUCAACAAGCCGAAGUUUGAGGCUGUUCUGUCUGAUAUUGAAAUGGUGACAAAUGAGAUCUGCUUUGCCAUAAAUAACCUGCACACCUGGAUGCAGCCAGAAUACGUGUCAAAAAACCUGGCCACAAAGAUGGAUGAUUGUUUUAUUCGGAGAGAGCCCCUGGGUGUGGUUUUGAUCAUCGGGGCAUGGAAUUACCCUGUCCAAGUCACCUUGUCACCCCUGGUUGGGGCGAUAGCUGCUGGAAACUGUGCCCUUCUCAAGCCUUCCGAAAUCAGCCAGGCAACAGAGAAGCUCCUGGCCGAGCUCAUCCCGAAGUACCUGUCUCAGGAGUGCUACGCGGUGGUGUGCGGGGGAGCUGAAGAGACGAAGAAGCUGCUGGAGAAUCGAUUCGAUCACAUCUUCUACACGGGAUCUCAGCCCGUGGCUCGUAGCAUCCUGCAGGCAGCAGCGGUGCACCUGACCCCGGUCACCCUGGAGCUGGGGGGGAAGUGCCCCUGCCUCAUCUACGGAAACCUGGACAUCAAGGCUGCCGCCAAGAGGCUGGUCUGGGCCAAAUUCUUCAACGCGGGACAGAGCUGCGUGGCCCCCGACUACGUCCUCUGCACCCCACAGAUGCGGGACGACCUCAUCCCGGCCAUCCGGGACACCCUGGAGAGCUUCUACACUUCCGAGCCCCAGAAGUGUCCGGACAUGGCCCGCAUAGUCACGGACAGGCACUGGAACAGGCUGACCGAAAUGCUGCGCAAGUCGGCCGGGAAGGUGGUGAUGGGGGGGGGGAGCGACCAGCAGGACAGAUACAUCGCCCCUACGGUGCUGGUGGAUGUCCAGGAGAGCGAUGUGCUCAUGGACGAGGAGAUCUUCGGCCCCAUUAUGCCAAUCCUCACCAUCGAGACCCUGGAAGAAGGGAUCGAUUUCGUAAACCGCAGAGAGAAGCCACUGGCCCUGUAUGUCUUUUCUGAUGAUUCAAAGGUGGUUACCACUGUUUUGGAGCAGACCAGCAGUGGCGGUUUCUGCUCAAAUGAUGGCAUAGUCCACAUGACGCUGCAGAGCCUGCCCUUCGGCGGAGUGGGGGCCAGCGGGAUGGGCAGCUACCACGGGCACUGGGGGUUCGAGACGUUCAGCCACAGGCGGGGUUGCAUGAUGCGGAGCUGGGUACUGGAGCCCAUCAACGUGCUCCGCUACCCCCCCUACCAGGAGAGCAGCCUGGGCUGGCUGCGCUGGGCCACCACCGUGAAGAAGAAAGGAUGGGGGUGUGCAGUCAUGUGAUUUCACCCCCCCCCCCCCCCCAAUAUCCCAUCAGUCCCAGUCCCUACUGCUACGUUUAAUUUCCUUAUUUCUCUGGCUGAUGUGGUGUUAGGCCACGUGCUCUCGCUCACCACAGCCUGAAUUUCCCAGCUAAUCCUAAAGGGUUAAAUUGUGCUUACAUAUACAAGUUUGGGGUUUUUUUUUUCUUUCCUUUGGGAAGUGGGACAUAAUGCAACUGCCAAAUGAUUUAACAAUUUCCUACUUCUUUGUGUGUGAGCAAUGGGUCGCCCAACCAACUCCAUAUUCUUUAUGCCCCUGAAUGCUUGGAUUGAAGACCUCUUCAGUCUGUCCAUUCAGUCUGUCUCCACUGAAGGGCUGGGCUUCACUGCUCUGCGCUCGCCUCUGAUUGGCCCUCGCAUAGGGUUGGCUGCACACUGAAGUGUUAGGGUGAAGGGUGGGUGAGGAAGAUAACUUGCCUGUAAAGUGAGGGGUUUACCAGUGAGGUUUUCUUUUUUGAUGUCUCUGUAGUGGAAGAUUGUUACGCUAGUUUUAAAUGAAUAUCUCCUGACCAUACUUUUCGGAGUCUCCUUGCACGUCUUGGCAACCUUAACUGCGUUUAGGACUUGCAACCUGUCUUUUUUUUUUUUUUUUUUUACGUGUGCCACCAAGAAAAUAUUGAAACUGGCGUUUAUUCAUGAAGAAACAAGUGCUUUGAACUUUAAUAUUGUGUGUGAAAAUGCUGUGUGGUAUGGUGUGGUGUGGUGGUUGUAAUAUUGGCAAUGCCAGUAGUAGUUCACAAGUUUGAACUACAAAUCCCCCAGUCAAUAUGUCUGAGUGAAGUGGUAUGAACAGCAGGUUUGUACAGAUCCAGUGAACAUCGCUUCAUGUGAUGUGUAUACACCUGAUAACUCGUUGGGAGCCAGUUAACUCCAGUCGUGUUUUUGUGAUCUUUAUAUUUUGUCUGUUGUAAAUAAAAACUGAAUUUUAACUAAUAAAACACUAUUGAUCAAUA